UCAGGGAAUAUAUAAAUAGAAUAUGUAUAAGGAUGGGGUUUGCUUGAAGUCAGGCACUUUUCACCCCAGAUAAACUGAAUACAAAGAAAUCUAGGCCUCCUGGUGUGAUUUCCAACCUGCCAGAUAAAUCUGCCUCCCUGGAAUGGUGUGGGAGAGUCACCUCGGGAUUCCUCUACCUUGCGCAGCUGAGUUACAGAGUAACCUGCCAGCAAUCCUCUCCGAGUUCACGGGGCUGUUGAAACAGAGCAAAGUCCACAAAAAGUUCCACCGAGAUGUGCCGAGCAAAGGCCGGAUUCCCAGAAGGAAACAAGCGCUCCUGAGCCACGCUGCCCUCGCCCAGGCCUCCCCGCUGGCCCGGGGGUCCGUGUGCCUGGCAAUGAGCCCUGUGCUGUCGGCAUUCCCAAGAGAGGUCCCGGGCUGGUUCCUGCUCUCCGGGGUCUUCCUGCCUGUGGCUUUACUGCUGCUCCUCCUCAUUGCCUACUUCAGGAUCAAACUGAUGGAGGUCAAUGAAGAGCUGUGCCAGACUCCUGAUCACCAUCACAACCGCAGGGCUGCUUCCUCCCUGUACCAGAGAACGAAACGAACAUGACCCCUGGGGGCUCAUCGAUGGCUGAAGUGCACUGAGCUUCUGCUCAGAGACUAACGGUCCACAGCAGAGCUAGCAAAGGCUAACAAACUAGAACCACAGCAAAAAUAGGACCACUAAGAUGCUCAUCCUGAACCAUACUGACGAGUGGCAGUGUUAUCCGAGAAGACUUCUUUAAGCCUCAGCUUAAACUGCAGGUCUUCAGAGUACCAAGAAUAGUAUUUUCUAGGAUGUGCUCUAUGGACUGGACACAUUGUAACUUUCUAACGUUUAAAGGACUAUGUCUACUUUGAAGGGCAUAUUUUAAAAAUAAAAUCCUUAAGCAUCAAUAUUACAGAAUCCUGUGGAAGCCCAAAUUAUUCUAGAGGUAAAGAAACUCUGGUGGAUAUGAGAUAGAUGGCAAAAGACAAACGCCUCGGGAGCCCCGUGGAUUCCGUGCGAGGGUUCCCACCUCCUCCUCUGGCACUUCCACAGCCUUUCACACCUUUUCACGCAUCAUUCUGGCCCUGAGUCUGCUUCUCUCCUUUUCCCAGUUGCUUUCACAAUCACAUUAUCAAAUCACAAAACAAGUGCAGUCUCUCGAUACUACAUAUGGAUCACCCACAAAUGUCGUUUCAGCAGGAGGUGCCUUGGAGACACUGGCAAUUUGGUGCUGGGAAAAGGAGAGCACAACGUCCGCGUAACUAACGAGGGGAAUAAUUCAGGGCUUUGCCUUUCAAACCAAAGCAUCAGGGAGCUGUUCCUAAAUGAGAAAAGAAGUCCACAUUUCCCUACCAGAAUUCUCUUUCAGAGACAGCCCCAAAGAGCCAACAGAGAUAAAAGAAACAUUUCACUCGAAGCGGUAACAUAGUGGUGACUAUUAUGCUCUCCAGUUUCCUAGUUAAUAUUAACAAAAGAUGCUUCAAAUAUCCUAAGUGUAAGUCUGGUUAUGUUCCAAUAUUUGUAUAUGAAUCUAAUAGGCCAUUCGAGUGAUUAACUUUAUAAAACAUUAUGAAUUUGGUCACCUGUAAGAAAAUUCGCCAAUUUCCAUAGUGACACACAAUCAUACAAAAGGUUGCACGGGUGAUGAAGACAAAAAGCAAGACCCCACCACCCGUGCUGGGUAU